AUGUCGUCGUUUCUUGACCUGCCCGCUGAAUUGCGCAACCAGGUAUACGGUUACAUUGCUAUACCCCACACAGCACCUCUCUCCUCCUACAUCGGGCUCUACCUGUCCAGUCGCCAGAUUCGAUCUGAAAUGGACAGCGAGUGCGCCAAAAUAUUCCGAGCCUAUCUUAAAACCUUCCAGGAUCGGCACCAAGAUGCCCACCUCGUUAUACCUGAGAGUUUCGCGGAAAUGCAGCACGUCCGCCUGCACGUUUUACCGACAAGCAACUCAAACCUCGACCGACGGCUCGACAAAGUCACGGCUAUCUUCCUACUCCAUCUCGCGAGCCUUUCAAUUAUCUAUAGCUUUCCGGAAGACUUGCAGCUCUGGCAUGAGGAGGACCAUGGUGUGCUUUGGCUUGCCGAUGACAUUUGGGACCAGCUCAAGACAAGGGUGGUCAACUCUCAGCGGGUCAGAACAGUGUCCUUCUGGGCCUCAGAAGAAGAUGCGAAGGGUUUCGUCGAUUACUAUCCGCACGAUGAGUUUGUCCUCGCAAAUUGGACCUUUCUAUGGGAUGUGGGGCUUGACGGUACUCUACAUGGCGUGUGGAAAAAGGCAGAUGGCAAGGGACGCAGCGAAGUGCCAGCGAUUGAUACCAUGGCUUAG